GCCAGCAUCCUCGCACCUGGGCAGUGGCCGUGACCCAUGCUGCCCGCCCUCCAGAUAAGCUGGUUCUCCUGGGCAGGACCCCAGCAUGUCAUCUUCCACCAAACCCGAGGCUCCGGAGAGCGCUCCCGGCCCUGCAGAGGAGCCCAAGGGACAGUCGGCUCCAGCCUGGGGCGCUCUUCUCGGUCACCGAAGCGAGAAGAUGGCCUUCACCAGGAGCGAGGGCAGCCCGGAGGAGAGCCUGCUCACUGUCACCAUCACGGAGACCACAGUCCUCGAGUCAGGCCUGGGCGUGUGGAGCCCGCGGGCCCUCAGCUACCUGUCGCUCUGGUUCUUCCUCAGCUUCUGCACGCUGUUCCUCAACAAGUACAUCCUGUCCCUGCUGGAGGGCGAACCCAGCAUGCUAGGUGCCGUGCAGAUGCUGUCGACCACGGUCAUCGGGUGUGUGAAGACGUGCCUGCCCUGCUGCCUAUACCAGCACAAGCCCCGGCUGGCCUACCCACCCAACUUCAUCGUGACCAUGCUCUUUGUGGGCCUGAUGAGGUUCGCAACGGUGGUUCUGGGGCUGGUCAGCCUGAAGAACGUGGCAGUUUCCUUUGCCGAGACAGUGAAGAGCUCUGCCCCGAUUUUCACCGUGAUCAUGUCUCGGAUGAUCCUGGGGGAGUACACAGGACUGCUGGUAAACCUGUCCCUCAUCCCCGUCAUGGGAGGCCUGGCCCUGUGCACAGCCACUGAGAUGAGCUUCAACAUCCUGGGCUUCUCAGCUGCAUUGUCCACCAACAUCAUGGACUGUUUGCAGAAUGUUUUUUCAAAAAAGCUCCUCAGCGGGGACAAAUACCGUUUCUCGGCCCCGGAGCUGCAGUUCUACACCAGCGCUGCUGCUGUGGCCAUGCUGAUCCCUGCCUGGAUCUUCUUCAUGGACAUGCCCAUGAUUGGGAGGAGCGGGACAAGCUUCAGCUACAGCCAGGACGUGGUGAUCCUGCUCCUGACAGAUGGUGCCCUGUUCCACCUUCAGAGUGUCACUGCAUAUGCCCUCAUGGGGAAGAUCUCCCCGGUGACAUUCAGCGUCGCCAGCACCGUGAAGCACGCCUUGUCCAUCUGGCUCAGCAUCAUCGUCUUCGGCAACAAGAUCACCAGCCUGUCAGCUGUCGGCACCAUUCUCGUGAUGGUGGGUGUCCUGCUCUACAACAAGGCCAGGCAGCACCAGCAGGAAGUCAUGCAGAGCCUGGCCACAGCCACCAGCUGGGUCCCCGAGGACGACACAGAACCAGUGGGUCCCCAGGACUCCAGACAGCAUGUUCACCCCUGAACACGGGAGGCCUCUGGCUGCCUGGGCACUGCAUGCUCCCCCUGCCGCUGCAUGGUCCCUGGAAACCAGCCAGGGCUGCCCCCUGCAUUACACAGUGGGCUGAGRGCCAGAGGCUCCAGGGACCAGCCCUCGUGGGACACAGACUCCACUGACAGCUGAGCACUGGAGGAGGGACCAGCCUGCACCCCCAGGCUGACCAGGCUGCAGCUGGGCCAGACCCCACCACCUCUGAAGGGACUACUGGGCCACAUGUGCCCGGGCUCCAGUGCCAACACGAGCUUCUCCCUGCCUGGUGCCAACAGAGACCUCAGCUCCCACACCAGCCACCACAGGCACCGAAGCUGCCUGGUCCCCAGCCAUCCACAGACCAUCCCAGGUGCCAGACCUGGGCAUCAAGGCCACAGGAGCCUGCAAAACACAGAGCAGGCUGACAGGUCCCUAAGCAGAGGUCUCAGCUGCUGAGAGGGGGCGAGACUCCUCUCGCUGCUUCAGAGCUGUCCUUAUGGAGGGCCCUAUGGCUGCCAUUUGACCCCAUAGCCACAACAUCAUGUGACAGGGAUUGUCCACUGAAUUGCUCUGUGAGGGGAAAAGCCACCCGUCGCAGCCUGGCACCGUGCCCCUCACCRCGGGGGUGGUUGUUCAUUCUGGAGGCUGAGGACAGAUCUCUCUGGGGGGUUAGCUCCAUUCACACCUCAGACUCGUGUGUGAAGCGGGCUGUACUGAGGUCCCUGAUCUCCUGCUGGAGUCCGCGGGGUGGGGGGGCAGCUGAGCAGGGGAGCCCUUGCAGAGCACUUAGCACUCAGGUUAUGCUGCGUGACACUCGACUUUCCAACAAAGCUGCAGCCACAUGGCUUGUGGACCUGGUGUGUCAGGUGGCCAUGUCCAGGUACACAGCCAUGGCUGCCCCCGAGGGACCACGAUAUGGUAGCGCCCCAGCCACUGGGCGGACUGAGUCUCAACUGGGUACUAGAGCUGCAGUCAGGCUGGCACUGGCUCUGCCCUUCGUCCUGCUGGAGUCUGACCUGGGUGCAGGCACUCUUUGGCCAGCCAGUCUGAAACCUCUGUGCCCUGAGCUUGGGCUUGUGGGCUGCAGCCACUGGGCACCCACUGUUCCCGGGCCUAUCCCCCCACCACUCGUCAGGUCAGGGGCAACCAUCAUCAGCUUACUGGUAUUCCAGUUGUCUUCUCAGCUGGGGAAUAGGAAAACAGUUCCUCCCAGAAGUAAACUCCCAGAAACAAAGAGCAAUAAUCAUGCCUCAUUUCUUUCCACCUACUUGAAAAGGUUUUUCAUGAUGAUGGAUCAAAAUGAGGUCUUUUAAUCCACAAGCCGCCUUUUUAAAGAAGCUGGCCUGUGUGCGAGGAUGGGCCAGCUGUGUGCUCCUGCACGCAGGGUCACCUCCACUGUGAAGAUAUUUUCCUGUGUGAUUCUGCCCAGGUUUCUGUUUCCUUCCUCUUCUGCUUUCCCCCAAAACUGAAGAAAAAGAGGUGGAGGUGGCAUUUGGGUGGUGCUGUUGGAUUGAUCUGCACCAAGGCCUGGUCCACUCCCAAGCACAUGCUACCAAGCUCUGACAGAGUGAGGGGUAGGCACUUUUGAGUUUGCUGAGAGGUCCAGGCGCCUGGCUUCCGAGUAUUGUUUGGAAUUUCUGGUGCGCUAUCUCCUGUGGAAUUAGGAAGUUGCCUGUUGUGACUCACCCCUCCCCUYCUGCUUCAAAAGCAGCACUCAGCUUGUUUUGAUUUCCUUAAAUCACUAGCAAGCAAGGCAGUUCCUGUAAGGAUGCUUUGGAAACCUCCAUGCAUCCUGGGCAGGAAGAUGGUGGAAGCCUAGCUUGGCCAACACCAAGCCCUCACCCACGCCCACCUUCCUUCCUGUCUUGCACCAACCCCUACUUCUCCUGGCACUUCUAGGACAUACCCAAGGCCUGGCUUGGCCCUGUGCUGACGAUUCUCUCUUAUUAUGUCUGUCUAGUCUUUUAUGGAACCACGGCAGAUGUGGUGUGGGAGCCCAGGUGCUGGACCACUGCUGGGCUGGUAACUCCUCCUGUGGCCUUGGUCUGUGCCUUGUAAACAGCACACCAACCAGACCUUCCCAGUGGGGUAUCUGCUUCUUCCUUAACCCAUACUUAGAUGUGUAUAGAUUUCAAAUUUUGAAACGACUUCCAUGGGGGCUGGGGAGUAACUCAGUGGUCGACCACUUGUCUAGAGUAUGCAAGGCCCUGGGUUCCAUCCAGAGCACUACAAGGGAAAAAUGAAAACCUCCACUACUAACUGCAUAAAAUGCUUUUUUAAAAAUCUGAUAGUCAUAAUUUCCUGUAUAUCAGCAUUAAGAGUCUGCCUGCUGGGAAGUUGAGAACACUCUUGCACAAUUCAAAAUGUCUCUAAUUUUUGAAAAAUGAACAGUGAGUCAGAGACAGUUUUAAAAAAUGCUACAUAAAGAAAUCAACAAAAUAGAGCUGCUUUGUAGCAUGUCUUAAAAUGCUUGUCAGAAACUUGUGGGCUUAGCUUCCCUGUGAAUGACCACUAAAACAGGUCAGUGGACAGCAGAGGCACAGCAGCUUUUAUACCUGUCCAAGUGAUGGRCUUGUGUGUUUUGUUUAGGUGCUGGGGCACUCCAUCACCAAGCUACAUCCCAGCCCUUUUUAUUUUUUAUUUUGAGUCACUAAAUCACCCAAGCUAGCCUCAAACUUGCCAUCCUCUUUCCUCAGCCUGCUAAGUUGCUGUGGUCACAGGUGUGCGCUACUGUGCCCAGCUCCAAGCAUUGUGCUUUCUAAGGUCUGGAAGUAUUUACCCUGUUAC